GAAGAGAGCGAGAGAGGUCGGUCAUGGGUGCCGCGGGAGCCGUGCUAGCCCGGAGGAGGAGGGGGGAGAUGAUGUGAGGAUGUCCUCUCCCCCCCCCCCACCCCCGGUAUUUUCUUUGCAAAGGGGAAAAUGAUAUUGUGGUGCUUUCCCUCUCCUGCUGAACAAACCCUCAUCACCUCUGCUUUGACAGGCAGCUUGGUUUCCUCUCUGCACUGGGCAGCGAAAGAAGAGAUUUUUUAAAUAUUUUUUUUUGCCAUUUCCCUCUCCUUCCCCGUUGAGGGUGGGGCGUCCCAGGAAAAGUGAGGUGUCUCUCUCUCUUCUCUUCUCUCUCUCUCACUCCCCCCCGUUUGCCCCGUUUCACCAGCUACCAACCACCUCUUCCUUAUUAAGACCUCUGUGCGUUGCUCUAGAGUUACAAGCAUCCACCAACCCUCCCCAACCCGGGAAGAAUUUAAUCCUCGAAGUGAGCCACCAACUACCCCCCAACUGAAGAUAAAGAGGGUGGGGGCUGCACAAAAAGGACAUCAUCACCCCGACCCCUCUCCUUAGCCCCAUUUUCCAUCGGGGGACGGCGCCAGCUGGGACCAAAACACGAGCCUGCCUGCCUCCCCCUUAAGAUGUUAAUCCCGCUGAUCAAAGCGCCCGAGAGAUGAUCAAACGCUGCAAGGACGGAAGAUUGCACUAUUUUGACCCCCUUCGACUUCCAUAAAUACAUUUUUUUUUAAAAAAAGAACUUGGUGGGACCUUAAAAAAAAAAAGCGCCCACUCUUCCUUGCCCCCAAGCUUCGCUUCCGUUGGCAUCAAUCCGCUCCUCCGCCCUGACCAAUUUCGUUUGGGUGAUGGAUGAAUUCCAUCCUUUCAUUGAGGCCCUCCUCCCUCAUGUCCGGGCCUUCGCCUACACCUGGUUCAACCUCCAGGCCCGGAAGCGCAAGUACUUCAAGAAACACGAGAAACGGAUGACGAAAGAUGAGGAGCGGGCUGUCAAAGAUGAGCUGCUCAACGAGAAGCCGGAAGUGAAACAGAAGUGGGCUUCGCGCUUGCUGGCCAAGCUGCGCAAGGACAUCCGCCCCGAGUACCGGGAGGACUUUGUGCUCUCCAUCACGGGGAAGAAGCCCUCGUGCUGCGUCCUGUCCAACCCUGAUCAGAAGGGCAAAAUGCGCCGCAUCGACUGUCUCCGCCAGGCUGACAAAGUCUGGCGCCUCGACCUCGUCAUGGUGAUCCUCUUCAAAGGAAUCCCCCUGGAGAGCACCGAUGGGGAACGCCUUGUCAAGGCCACACAGUGUACCAACCCUGUCCUCUGUGUCCAGCCACACCACAUCAGUGUCUCGGUCAAGGAGCUUGACCUCUACCUGGCAUAUUUUGUCCGUGAGAGAGAUUCAGAUCAAAGCAGCAGUCCCAGGACAGGAAUCGGUUCUGACCAAGAGGAUAGUAAACCCAUAAUCACACUGGAUGCAGCAGAUUUUCAAGAGAAUUUUGUUACGUCAGGUGUGUUCAGUGUCACAGAACUUAUCCAAGUUUCCCGGACACCAGUGGUGACAGGCACAGGUCCAAAUUUCUCUUUGGGAGAGUUGCAAGGGCACUUAGCAUAUGACCUGAAUCCCUCAAGUACAGGGAUGAGGCGGACGCUCCCCAGCACUUCCUCCAGUGGGAGUAAACGGCACAAGUCAGGAUCUAUGGAGGAUGAUCUGGAUACCAGCCCUGGGGGUGAAUACUAUACCUCCCCCAGCUCCCCCACAAGUAGCAGCCGCAACUGGACGGAGGACAUGGAAGGGAGCAUCUCUCCAACUGUGAAAAAGACAGAAAUGGACAAGUCUCCCUUCAACAGCCCAUCUCCGCAGGACACUUCACCCCGGCUGUUCACUCAGCAUCACCGUCCUGUCAUUGCCGUACACAGUGGUAUCUCUCGAAGUCCCCACCCCUCCUCUGCGCUGCACUUUCCCACCACUUCGAUCCUGCCCCAGGCGGCCUCCACCUACUUCCCGCACACAGCCAUAAGGUACCCGCCUCAUCUGAAUCCACAGGACCCUCUGAAAGACCUCGUCUCAUUGGCUUGUGACCCAUCCAAUCAACAACCAGGACCGAAAGCACCUACUUCGGAACCUGUUGACCAAAGAAUUUUGGCUGGCAGGGUCCAGAAGGACAGCCUUUCUGCUAUGGUCUCCACCUUCUGGAACAUUCUCCCAUUGGAGUUAAAUGGAGGUGGUCAAGUGAAGGUACCCGGGCAUUACCUUCCUACCCAGAUGUUGGCGCCGCCACCCCCAGGUAUGCCCCGCCUGGCAAUCUCACCUGACACCAAAUCUACCACGACAACUUCCGAGGGAGGGACCACCUCGCCGACGUCUCCCACCUACUCCACCCCAGGCACACCCCCUGCGAACCGCUUCGUGGGAUUAGGACCACGGGAUCCUGGCAGCAUCUAUCAGGCACAGUCCUGGUACCUAGGCUAGUUGCAGCUUCCAUCUGCAUCAUCAUCUUCCUUUCCUCCCCCGGGCUUUGGGCUUCCUUUGAGGAGAACAGUGCAGCCCUCCCACCCCUGGCCCAAACCUUGGGGGCAGCAUGGAGAGAGAGAGAGAGAACGAAAGAAAGAAAGAAAGAAGGAAGGAAGGAAAGAAAGAAAGAAAAAAGAAAGAGCACGGAUUAACGUCAUCAUCAUGAAGAGCCAUCACAGAAAGACAGAAGGAAGGGAAGGGGGAAAAGCUCAAACUUCUUUUUAAAAGAUAAAAGAAAAAAAAGACCCUGCUUUCCAAGCCAUCCCGACUGCGACUUUCCUGAAAUGAGCAAAAUUCAAGCAGGCAGCUCUCCCAGGGGAGGCAUUUUGGCCAGAAGCACUACACGCCUUUCAGGGGGCCUGGUUUUCCCCACCCUCCCUGCCAGUCCGUGGCCAGCUGGAAUCCUGUCUGUCUCCUACUCAAAAGGGAUGUAUAUGCAAAAGUUUCUGGUUAUUUUCUCCAUCUCUUGUUGAGUAGGGGGAAAAUAUAUAUAUAUAUUAAUCUGGCCUGCUGCGGAAGCCUCCCUCCCUCUCUCUUUUUUUCUACGCUCUCCCUGCUUCUCCUCCUUUGGGAAUAUGGGGUCAGCGUGACCAAGAGACUGCACUACAAGCCAUCUAGACUGGUCAAGCAGCUGAAGUCGGGCCAAGGUCAAGAUGCAACGUGAGCUAAUUCCCCCUCAAGAGAGAGAGGGAAAAGAUUUUAAAAUGCUGGGCACCUUUUUCAGUGUAUCGAAAUUGUCCUCCUCCCUCCCCCAUCCAUUUCCCCCCCCCUCCCUGGAAAUCUAUGUGUUGCUUUCAGAUGGGGGGGGGGGCUGGCUUGGUCUCCCGCACUUACUGACAUGGUGUGAGCCAGGACUUCUUCUUUGGUGGAGAAGAAGGGGACACGUGGCUUGGUUUCUGCACUCCUCUCCCAGAAUGCUUUGCCCUUUAGUGUCAAAAAAAGACAUCCCUCCCCCCCCCCUUUUUUUUUUGGAAUGGAUUUGAGUGCCAAUGGGGUGGGGUGGGGGAGGGGAAGGAGGGCGGGUUGGUUUGACCAGAGUCUGUUAAUUGUGGGAGAAGGGAACAGAUGCAAGCCACUUAAAUUUGACUUUGUUGACGACUUAGUGCAAUUCCUGAACCAGAUGGUUUGGAAGGGUGGCGGGUUUGGGGGGUGUUUUUUUUGUCUGGGGGCGGGGGAGACAUUGGAACUUGGCUGUGAAUGUUGAAACCACGCAUGUGUCGCUGGGUUGGGCUGGAAUGAACUCUUGGGGGGCGGGGUUUGGAGGAAAGGGGGUAGGCAUUUCUUCAAGGGGGGGUGGUGGUCAGGAAAGAACUUGCUAUUACACUGUGUUUCAACAGCACCCCAACUCCCCUUGUGCAAUUCUGCCAUGACCAUAGGUCUGUCUAACCCUUGCCUUAAAGUUGGACCCAGGCUGAGAGAUGGGCUCUUUCUUGUCAGCCUGUAUGGACUUUUGUCAGCCUGUUCUCCUACGGGGAAGGAAUUGCUCUUGGGGGUGGGGGACGGGUGGGGACAUGGCACCCACAGCCUGCAGGUACCCUUCAAGGUGGCUUCCGCCCAGCUUUAACAUCCUUUCUUCAGAAGGCGGGCAGCCAGUGCGAUGAACACCAGCGGGGACCUGUGUGACUUGUUGAAUCUCUGACUUGGGGGUGGGGGGUGGUGGACAGGAAGACAUUGAAAGGGUGGGGGUGUCAGUGGAUCAGCAGGGCUUCGCUUUCUCUCCUCCUCCCCCCCCCACUCCCGAGCUUCCAACCUUGUGUACAAAGAGCUAUGCAUGCCCUUGUAGACCAGCUUCGAGAUGAUUUUGAUGACUGCUAAUAUGGAUUGCACAUUUUGUUUUGUUUUGUAGGAAAUGCACUUUUGAAGAGGAGGGAGAGGAGGAAAAGUAACGGGAGGGUGGAGGGAUAAGGAAGGUAAAUCUAGAGUGUAUCUGUAAUUUGUGUGGAGAGGAUUGUCGUGACUGUCCAAUCCACUGGUGACGGGAUGGUGCAAAGUGGGACCUUACACAGAAACCUUUCAGGAUAUGAGGAAGAAAAAGAAAACAGGUUCGGUAGGAGCAGAGGAGGGAGAUGCCCCCUUCCAUCAUUGCCCCUUCAUAGAGAACUCCAUUCUACUUGCCCCUACCCCACAGACAUGCAAGCCCCAAGGUGGAGCCUAGAAGCCAUCUAGGACUGGUUCAAGUGCCUACGUUUUAAUGCUCCAGUCUUUUCGCUGAGUUAUGGAAAGCGGCAUUCGUAAUGGAGACUCUCCCCCACCAUGGGUCAGGGGCAGCACUCCGCCCACUUCACUUGCCCCCUCCAUCCCUUCUUCCUAGCAGACACCAAAGCUUUAGAGGCCACGGAUCAGACUUCCUUGAACCCAGCCAAGAUUGGGGUGUCAGAGUUUGGCUCCAAGUCCUCCGUGAGGGCCAGGUGGACAACUGAUGAACUGGUCAGUCCAUGUUGGCUUCUGGACAAUCUUCCUCCAAGGGCUGGCGCCAUUCCGCCAUUAUUCUAAAAGCAUUUGUAACAUUUCCUCCUCCUUGUGCCAAACUGUCAAGAUUUCAGAGGAAUCUCAUUGAGGCAGAGGAAUCUAUCCCAGAUGACAUCCUGCAGUGGGUUUGAAUUGUACAGCAGACAUCUGUCAAGAGCGAAUGAGAUCAAUGAGUUGCAAGGGAUAGUUCUUCAGAAAACCCCAAGAAAACAUCAGUAUCUUCAAAUGAAAUGCUUCAACCACAAACAAAUGGAUUUGUAAAGCUAACCUAGCCAUACGUUGGCCUAAGACAGGGUUGGAGAACUAUGGCCCUUUUAUGACUUCUGGACUUCAACUCCCAGAAUUCCUGAGCCAGCUCAAGAAUUCUGGGAACUGAAGUCCACAAGUUAUAAAAGGGCCAUAGUUCCCCACCUCUGGACUAAGACAAUGGCCAACUUUUACUACUUAGACAGUGAUGGGAACUUAGUGUAUAUCACUAAUGGAGUGGUUAUUCAACAGACUUAAAUGAUUGAAUGGUAGUUCUUUAUCCCAGGGAAUUCGUAGGAAUUAUAGUCCUAUGAGGGAUUUUUAAUGGAAUUCCCCUCACCCCCAUGUUACAUGUCCCAGGAUUCUCUGAGAGAGUAUUCACAUCUUUUCUUGUAGUUACCUUUGUACUGUAUUCUAUGAGAUACGAAGAAGACAUUUCAAUCUUCUCCAGGAUGGAAAGAUGACAACUAUUUGAACAACCAACACUAAUCUUCAGUUCUUUGCACCUUGAUACAUUUCUCCAAACUUCCAAGAGGAAUGCAUAUCCUAUUCCAUGUAUCUGAACAAAUACUCCAAUAUACAAACAUAAAUUUGUUUCCUAACUUUCAAAGUGAACCCGUUGCCAUGUACAAAGGAGAUCCGCUUCUAGAAUUGAGUGGUUUUUAUUUUUAUUUUUCUGGGAUGGGAGAAGUAGUUUUUUUUUUCCCCUUCUGUGUCCCAACAGGCUCAGGAUGUUCCAGAACUUUCCAACAAUGUCCAAAAGAAUAUACGUAAUUGAUUUUUUUUUUUAACAGAGAAGAAACUAUGACACCCCCUUGCUCUUUUACUGCAGCAUUUGCCCUGGAUUUUGGCAGAAACCAAUAACCGCUGUGGCUCUACAGUCCUCUCUCAGGUGGAUCUUCUGUUCCAGAAUCUUCCCUCUUCAGUACAACAUUGUAGUCGAGACGCUACAACUUCUGUGCUCUCCUUUGUGCAUCUUAAGCUUCAUGCAAUUUGGCUCCAGCACCUACCUGGUACCCACCUGGGGCUUGCGUUCACAUAUGCAAAAUUUCCUUCUGACCUGCUCCCUUGGAUGAAGGGCAGCGAAAGACUUUCCAAGAUACCCCCCCACACACACACCUUGGACCUGGCAUCAUGGGAAGGGGGAUUUUCCAGCGGCAUUUGUUUACAUCUCUGCACCUUUAUAAUAAAUAGGUGAUGCCAUGUUUCAACCCAUAGGUGGGAAUUGGGCAGAAUAUCCAUUACAGGCCCUCCGUCCCAGAAAGCCCGCCUCCUCAGUCUCCACGCAAGGACAGUAUCACGGAGACGAGGAGGGGCUUUGUAUGGGAAGUAUGGGAUCGAAUUAUUAUUUUUUAAGUGAAACUGAAAGAGGAAAAAAAAAAACCUGCAAUUGAUGAAGAGGCAAUGUUUUAAGGCAAAAGAAAGAAUUAACCCUUACAAUAUAGACUGCAUGGUGCUUUUAAACAGGAAUUUCAUGUGACCUAGCUCAACCAAUCAGCUGGCUGAGAAUGUGCAUGGCAAUUAUACAUAAAGGCUCUUUUCCUCCCACCCCACCCCCUCCCUUCCCCUUCUUUUUCCCUUGAGUCCACAUCUAUGAUGAGGGACAAAAGUAAGAGAAAAGAAAAGAAAAAAAAUCUACAUUUUUUUUCCUAAUUUGCACGAGACAAAGAAAAAUACGUUUUAUACCACAUAAUGUGCCUUGCCUUCUAAAAAAAAACGUAUUAACUCUAAUGAGAUCAAUGCACAGGUGUUGCUGCAUGCUAUUUGAUGCGUGUAUGGGGGAAAAUGGGGAAAAAGAAAGAAAAAAAAGGGUUGGGGAGGCAUAGGGGUGGGGGAAUAUAAUGCCAUUUUAUACAAAACAAAAAACCACGGAUGGGAGCAUGGGAGGGAUAGGGGAACUGAAGUGGGAUUUUUCAGUUCAUUUUUCUUACAAAUUCAGAUUCCUAUAAAAACCGACCCCUAAUGAAGGCUUCUUCAGGUGCGUUGUGAAUGCUUAGAUGCUUCAUUGGCUGAGAAUUCUGGGAGUUGCAGUCCCAGCAAAUCCUGGCAGCCUCAGGUUGGAAGAAGCUGAUGUACCCGUAGGACGGAGCCGGCCAGGAAAAGGUUGAAAUAGCACUUAGACGCUGAGGAUCUCAGUGAGAUCGGUCCUAUGGCACCGUCUCCCUUCCAGAGCUCCUCCUUCAGAAGUCCUGGGCUGGGAGUCUUAGGAUCAGCUUAGGAUUGCUGAAAGUGAUGGGUAAAACAGGGGUCCGCCAGGCUUAAAGUGGCCAAGGUUGGAGACCCCUGGUGUAAAAGACACGGGGAAUAUCUAUUUUAUUUUCACCCUGGAGAAAACAGGUUGAGUAGGUUAGUUUGUUUUCCCCAAGGACCUGCCAAAACCCACUGGAGGGGAAGAAAUUUCUCAAGCUGUGUGUUUUGUUUGUUUAUGGUCUUUUGCCUGUCAGUUGCAAAUCCGCGUUAAGGUUGCAUGGCUCCCUGGGUCCACCAGCCAUAACUAACCAGUAUGAUGCUGGCCAUACCAUUAUGUUUCAACCCAACUUGAAAGAACCUGUUUGUUUCUAAAGGCAUAUAUUUUGGAUAUCCGUACAUCCAGUUGGUCAUUGUACAGUACAGGUAGUCCUUGACUUACAACGAUUAGUUUAAUGACCGUUCAAGUUAACAAUGGCUUUGAAAAAAGCGACAUGACUGUUGCACCAUCUCCAUUCAGAUGCUUGGCAAUUGACUCAUAUUUAUGACAGCUGCAAAGUCCCAGGGUCAUGUGAUCCUCUUUUGCAACCUGGCCAGCAAAGUCAAUGGGGAAGCCAGAUUCAUUAAACAACCUUGUUACUUCCUUAAGAACUGCACGAUUCACUGUACAACUGUCAUAAAGAAAGGUCAUAAAAUGGGGGAAAACUCACUUAACAGAUGCUUUGCUUCUCAAUAGAAACGUUGGGCCCAAUUGUAGUUGUAAGUCAAGGACUCCCUGUAAUCUUACUCUCCCAGGAAUCCUGGGAAAGGGAGAUCUUUUAAAACAGGAAUUCAAGGCUGCCUUGUUAUAUGAAAUUUACUUUAUUUAGAAUUCUCAUAAUGUAGCAAAGUGGAUAUCUGGAGGACUCCUGCAGGCAAGACCUAUUUUGUGACCCUGUAUCACAUCUGAGUCUGGAAGACCUAUAAACAUCCCAAUAAUUAUUAUUUUUGUUUGGCUUAGACAAGAGAAGCAACAGUUUUAAGCCAGGGCACAAAACCAUUUCUUAUCUUAAAAGUUCCACCUGAUCUUCGAACAAUAGAUAAUGCUAGAGGCUGAAUUCCUUAAAAAGUCAGUGGUGUCAGAAUAAAACUAAAUUAGACUUCAUUCAGAUGUAAUUAAGUGCAGUACAAUCUGAAUAUUCCCUGUGGAUUUUAACAAUUUUCCUUCCUGUGUGUUUUAGUAUUUUUUUCCUGUCAUAUCAAAAUUAUAACUGGACCACAAAUUAUAGAACAUCACUUAAAGCAUGGUAAUGCAGCAGGGAGGCUGUGUGCUUAUUGUCCCUCUUUUACUGCAGAAUAGAUAUUCUUCAAGAAAUCAAGAAUAGAAUUUUGACCCAGCAUCAGCCAAAUAUUUUCCAAUUUGAGGUAGGAAGCAAAUGUGUGGUUUUUUCCUCAUAAAAACCUAUCAUUUAUUUUCUUUCUUAGCAAGGCAAUGAGGGGGAUAAUCUGAACUAGGAAACUUCCCAUUAUGGGUUUUAUCACAUGUCUUCCAGUUGUAAAUGCAAGUAAAAAUGAAGUUUCAAAUGUGCAAUGCCCUUCUGCACCUAGUGGCUAAAUCUAUGGUUAGUAACAUAGUUAUCUUAGCUGUUAAAUGUCCAUGAGAGAUGGAUGUCUCAGUUUGGGUAGCUUCUAACUCUGGGGAGAAGAGAAUUGGCUGGGGAUUUCUAGUAUAUUUUCUUUUGCUUUGUAACAUCUCCAAGUUCCAUUGAUAGCGUAGUAUGGAGGUUAUGGUUGUUGAGCUUCUGUCUUGGUUUAUUGAAAGUUAUUGGAAAAGAAUUGAAUUCAGCCCUUCCCUUUUCCCUUGGGAAUUGAUUUGUGAUACUUGGAAUAGAUUGGAAAAGUGGGUGAAAUACAGUGAAUGUAGAGGUGGCUCAAGCAUGUGUAAUAACGUGAGUAGCUUACAUGUAUGACUUGGAUAUUUCAGACUUGGGGAAGAGGUAGUUGGCUUAAAGGCAGAUGCUUUCAAUUUACAGGAAAGUCAAUUCAGCUUCUUUCACAAAAGAACUGUUCAAGAUUCCUAUUGAUUGAAAAAGUAAAAAGUUUGGAUCAAAUCAAACGGUAACCCUAUCCUAUCAGUUCCACGGAAUUGGGUCAUCAUUUGUGAUUGUGACCUCUCAUGCCCUCACUAAGUGUGUGGGAGUGAAGCUAUCUCUUCCACUUUUUUUUUUUUCCAGAUAUUUCGUUUAAUCCUUCAAUGUACUAGCCAAACAGAAUUCGAUUCCUUUUGAGUAGAUUCCCUAAAAGACAGAUGUAUGGAAACCAAGUAAGAAUGGCAGUCUCCUUUAAAGAUAGGCCCCUUUGCUUUUACAAUAAAAGUGGGAUUAAUUGCAUCUGUAAUUAAAAUUUAUGAUACUGGUUAGUGUCUCGAAAGUUUGAGAGAAAUUGCUCCAACCAUAGAGGUCCUUCAGAUGUGUGUUCAUGUGUAUGUGCUACGAGCAAGGAAGAUUUGUCUGUGUACAUGCCCACAACUCACCCCACUUGAUAUCUAUUGUUCAAAAUUGUAUUUUAUGGCAGUGAAAACCUCUCUCGUUGUAUGAGGACAUUCUCUUGGCUUAAAAAAAAUCCCCAAACUUUUUAAGACAGAAGGAAGUAGGUUGAAUUUUGUUGAUCUUUAUCAUUUUGCUUAGAUUUAUUUGAAUUAAUAAAUGGUGCGAUGCUGGAAUGAACAAUUUUAUAAAAAGGAAACAAAUGAUAUAAAAUAUAGACAUCUUUCCAGCCUGCCCAUUUCCCCACACCCCAUCUUCUCUCUGUUUCAGAGAGAGUUUAUGUUUACUUCAAAAACUGUAAAAAAAAAGUCCUUCCAUGUAGAUUUUUUUAAUGUCUUGCUCAAGGGGGAGCUUUAGGAUUUGCUACUCUGCUCCAUGACAUUGAAUUUGCUUGCAAAUUCUUACACACAAUCAUCCUGAUGAUUCUAUUUAGUUAUUCUUCAAUUACUGUAUUUUUUCCUUUCUGUGUUUCUGCUUAAUGUUAGGGGUACACAAGGGGAAAAAAUACUAAUUUAGUUACUUCAUUUGUUCCAUUAUUUAAAACUAUUCACGCAUUUGCUUUUUCUUUAAUUUUCAUAACUGGUGGUGUGGUUUUUAUUAUUCUCAUUUGUUUUACUUUCCAAUCAUUUUCUAUGGGAGACUUAGCUUAUUCUUCUGGUGCCUCUGAUUUUAAGAUUUUUUCCAUCCAAAUAGCAUUAUAUUUCCAGCCAUUUUAUUAUUACUUUUUGUUUUUCAAAUCUGCAGUUUUGAAAUAGAUAAUGACAAAGGGUCUCACACAUAUAAAUAUUAUUAGCUUGUUGCUUAUCAUCUGUUUGUAACUUCUGUGUUUUCUGUUAGAAUGAAUCCUGGUUUAAGUUUUCAAAAUAUUAGAAUCUGCAUAAUUAUAUAUAGACCGGAGAAAGAAUUUCAAUUAUAUAGGCAUUUCAUUGGCUAGAAAAACCCAAACAAAUAGUGCUCUUUCUAUCCUUCUUUCCAUGACUUGUACCAAACAUUACUCUGAGUAAUUAAUGAGGUGGCUUAUUUCAUAUUUCAAUUGUUUAAAAAAACAGAGGUGGUCCUUGAGUUACAACUGCAGUUGAGUCUGGCAAUUACUAUCAUAAGUCAUGACACCAUGUGACCAGAUUCAAUUUUAUGAACUUUUUUGUGGUGGUCUUUAAGCAAACCCAUUGUCCACCAAGGGUCAAUUUUUUCUGGAAACCAGAAGUAAAUGCUGGGUUCAGGCAAAACCAUCAUGCAGUCACAUGACCCCGCAGGGCACUGCAAAUGGAUGUAAAUGUAGGCAGGUUCUGAAGUGCCCAAAAUGCAGUCAUGUGACACUGAGAAUUGGCUGUGGGAACUUCAAAACUGGUUUGUAAGGCCUUUUUGGGUACUAAGUCGAGGACUACCUAUAUACAUCCAUAGCCAGCCCUCCCUUUCUUACCACCUUUAACAGAUAUUUAACAACAGAAGGACUGUGUAGGUAACUGGAUGUUCCCCAGAGUUUUUGAGUUCCCAUCAGCCCUUGCUAGCAGCUUAUUGCAAAGGAUUGUGGAAUCUGUAGUCCAAAAUAAAGAAAAGAUACCAGCUUGGUUACUUCCACAUUACAGGAAAGGUUCCCAUCUUAACGUACUCUGUAAAACAAAAAUCUUG